CUUCCGGCCUUCCGCCCGCUGGCUGGCCGCGAUUCGCGUCGUCGUUGUUUGCGUGAGGGUGCGACGCUGCCAGUUCUCGCCGGGCCGUCGCGGGGGGUGGACGAGCGCGCCGUCUCUCUCUCUUUCUUCCUCGCAUCGCGCGCGGCUCUGCGUUCGGGGACCCUUGCAUAAGGGCCUCCGACACCACCCACCCCCUCCUCUCCCCUCCCCCCACGCUUGCCGGUAGAGAUGAGUGUGCUUAAAGCCUCGGUCGCUAGCCGCAAGGUUAGGAUACACGACAGGGACUCUUGAAAGCUGACCACGCUCACCGGGCGGGAGCGCGAACUAGGAAAGUAACGCGAUCGGAAAACACCGUUCGUUUCAACGUUUCUGGCAGCUCUCCCCCAAGAUGUCGCGGGUGUCGCUGAACAAGCCCGUCGCCAGGAGCAACAGAGUGCGGAAGAUCAGCAGGACGGAGAGCGAGUGCUCGUACUCGGAGCGCGAGGAGAACGCGCGGCUGACGGCGGCGGGGGCGCAGGACGGUGACGGCUGCAGCGCCGCGGGGGCGGACGACGAGUGCCUGUCGUACUGCGAGUACCACGACAUCCCGCCGCCCCCGGACGGCGGCUACGGCUGGGUCAUCGUGUUCGCCAGCUUCAUGUGCAACAUGAUCCUGGACGGCAUCGCCUACACGUUCGGCGUCUUCCUCGGCGAGUUCGUGGUCGCCUUCGGCGAGGGGAAGGGCAGGGUGGCGUGGGUCGGCAGCCUGCUGUCGGGCAUGUACCUCAGCGCGGGUCCCGUGGUCAGCGCCCUCACCAACAAGUACGGCUGCCGCCCCGUCUGCAUCGCCGGAAGUGUGCUGGCGUGCGCCGGCUUCGUGCUCAGCACGCUGUCGCCCGACAUCAACGUGCUCAUGAUCACCUACGGAAUCAUGGGAGGAGUGGGCUUCGGGCUGAUCUACCUGCCGGCGGUGGUGUGCGUCGGCUACUACUUCGAGACGAAGCGGUCGCUGGCGACGGGCAUCGCCGUGUGCGGCUCGGGAGUCGGCACGUUCGCCUUCGCGCCGCUCGCCACCAUGCUGCUGGACAACUUCGGAUGGCGCGGCGCCAACAUCAUCCUGGCCGGCCUCAUCCUCAACUGCGCCGUGUUCGGGGCCCUGAUGCGCCCGCUGGAGUUCCCCAAGGUGUCCAAGUGCAAGCCCUUGCUGCAGCGCAUGGCCGAGGAGAAGCGCCUGCAGAUGGAGCGCGGCUCGAUCGGCGGCUCCUACUUCAUGGUGCAGCUGCCCGACGGCACCAUGGAGCGGCGCAUGAAGAUGCCCAUCAACUUCGACCCGGGCGUGCACUCGAGCUUCAACCUGGACCAGAUGGUGCCCGGCACGCCGCUCACGCCCGUGCCCACCGUCGCCACCCUGCCGACCAUCUGCGAGGUGAAGGUUCCCGAGAACAGCGGCUCGAGCGGCGCCAGCAGCGCCGGCAGCGGCGACCUCAAGAAGGAGGGCCGGCGCAUCGAGGACCUCAAGGAGGAGGAGGACAAGAAGAAGUCCGACAGCGAGAAGGAGAAGGGAAACAGGGAGGACAAGGAGAAGGACGAGCACGAGGAGCGCGAGAGGAAGCUGAACAAGGAGAACAGCGAGUUCACGAACCGCAGCAACAUCCCGCGCAACGCGUCCCAGCCGGCGUUCACCACGCACGUGCAGGGCCUGCCCAAGAACGGGUCGGUGCCGUUCUUCGACCGCAUCCGCAAGACGAGCGCCGGCGAGCGGUUCCGCCCCACGCUGGACGCCAUCAAGGUGUCGCGCUCCAACGUCAACUCCAACGGCGACAUCAGGAAGUCCAUGCACCUGCGGCUGUCCACCUCUUCCUACAUCGGCGGCAGUCGCAACAACAAUGAGAUGUGGUCCAAGACAGAUAUGGGCGACAACGAGAGUGUCAUGUACAACUCGAAGACCAGCAUCCCGAGGGAGCGGCGCGAGAUGGUGCGCCCCAUGUCGCGCAAGGACAUCUUCUACUCGGGGAGCGUGAUGAACCUGCCCGAGUACAAGUCCCAGAAGUCCCUGUCCAGCUACCGCCAGAGCAUCGUGUCGCUGCCGCGCUACGCCCAGGAGCGCUCCGACUUGCCAGACGUCGAGAGGGGGUCCGGCUGCUGCCCGUGCUUCGCGCUGCCCGAGUCGUUCCGCUCCACCCUGGCCACCAUGAUGGACAUGUCGCUCCUCAAGGACCCCGUCUUCAUGCUGAUCAGCAUCAGCAACCUGUUCGGCAUGAUGGGGCUGUACGUGCCGUUCUUCUACCUCGUCGACGCCGCCAUCAAGGACGGCAUCGACCCAAGCGCCGCGUCGUUCCUGCUGUCCAUCAUCGGCAUCACCAACACCAUCGGCCGGGUGGUGUGCGGCUACAUCGCCGACUUCCCGUGGAUGGACUCCCUGCUGCUCAACAACAUCUGCCUGCUGCUGAGCACCGUGGCCGUCGCCUCGACGCCCUUCUGCACCACCUACACCACCUACAUGAUCAUGGCCAUCUUCUUCGGCAUCGCCAUAUCCGGCUACAUCUCCCUGACGUCCAUCAUCCUGGUGGACCUGCUGGGGCUGGACAAGCUGACCAACGCGUUCGGGCUGCUGAUCCUGUUCCGCGGGGCCGCCGCCAUCGUGGGCACGCCGCUUGCGGGGGCCGUGUUCGACGCCACGCAGAGCUACUCCCUGUCGUUCCUGAUCGCGGGUCUGUUCUUCCUGGUGUCGACGGCGACCAGCUUCAUGGCGCCGGGCGUGAAGCGCUGCAUGGCGCCCGCCUCGCCGCCGCCGCUGCCCGACGCGCUGGCGCCCAUCGACGAGGACGAGGAGGAGGACCAGGGAGCCGUGCCCGAGAUCGUGGAGACAGGCGCCUCGCCCAUGGGCUCCGCCGUGCGCCAGCCGCAGGAGAUCAAGCAGAUCGAGUCCGUGCUCUGAGCGCCAUCGUCCUUCGACUGCCGGCAACGCUGUGUCCUGAACAGCUGUUCAUGUCUCACGUUCCGAGCUUUAGUUUCUGACGUCAUUUUUUUCAAACUGCGACGCUGGAGCCACUGUCCUUCUCGUAGCUGCCGGCCGGUGUUUAAACACGUGGUUUAUUUGCCAAAUUUCAUCUUACUGAUAGUUAUCAGAAUUACUAAGUUACUACUUUUGCAUGAUGAUUUUUACCAUUAAAUAAACAUAUACUUAUUUGGUGUGCUAGACAUGAAUGAUAUUGUGUUCCACUAGCACAGAAAUAAGAAUUUCAGUGUUUUGAAUAUAUAUAUUUUUUUGUUAUUGUGUAUGUAACUACUCUGUAUUUGUUUGUGUUUCUUAUAAAUUUUUUUUAUGUUAGUUGUAUUUUUUUUUUGAAAUUGUUUAAUUUGUUUAAUGUGUAUCACUGACUUUGAUUUCUUUAAUUUCUCUUUAUGCUGAUAUUAAUUAGAUUUUAUGCAAACUGAUGAAUUGUUUUUCUUGGCAUUAUAUGCAUAAAUGUGUAUGGGACUUUUUUUUCUCUCAAGUGCAAAGCUCAAGUGCCAUAUAGUCUCUUAACAACUUUGGUUCUUGUUUUGCAUAUUUUCAUUCUUCCUCGUGAACAUGAAAUGAAAAGCCAGAUUUGAAGCAAAGAGUGUAAUUUUUGACUCUGACACAUUUUCUCAGGAUUUUACUGUGAAAAAAUGGCCUUGCAAUCGUUCCAAACAUGGCAAUAUAUUUGUGAUAUAAAAAAUGGAAUUUAAGAGUUUUAGAACCUGUUAAUAACAACAAACACUGUUACAAAAUACCAUCACUAUGAUUUGAAAGACUUUGUGAUUAGUGCGGGUGAUAAAGUUUGAAGAUAAUUGCCAGGAUAUAUAACAAUUCAGAAUGAUAAAUACUUUUAGGUACACAAUGAAAAUGUUUAUGUCUGUGCUGCCCUCACUUGGUGAAGAAGUGUGAAGAGUAUUAAUAAUGUGAUACAGUGAAUACAUUUUGCUUUCUUAGAAAAUUUUUGGUAAUGUUUUUCCUUCAUUAACUGUGAUAAUAUUCUGUACGCAACAGAACACUUUGUGUCAGUGUAAGAAACAAUAGUGUAUGAAUUGUAGCCAUCAGAUCCAAGUGAAACGAGUCUGUCUAUUUUGUUACUGUACAGAGCAAAACUGAGAAAGAUUUUUUGUAAACCCAUUAAGUCUCAUCUGUUUGAGAUAACCUGAUUGGAUUAGAGAAAGAAUUUAAUGGAAAGUAUUGUAAAACUAACGAAUUGAGUGUCUGACAUGUGCACUCAUAAAAGAUUUGUAGCGCUGGAAUUAUUUGUGAAUGGCCACGUACCCUACAUAACGUGAGUACAAGUUUUUUAUUGUGCUUACAGCAAUAUGAUUCAUCAACCUGCUGUAGAGGUGCUAAUAAUCAGAUCGUGAAGGUUUUAAUUCAUGUGUUCAUAAGUUGCAGUAUAUUUGGACCAUAUUGAUAUGUUGUAGACUUUGUGUUAACUUUGUUAGAUUUAGUUUAAAUGGGAAAAAAUUUGCCUAGCAAGUUUUUUCCACUGUUGUAAAAGAACUUGCCAUUACAUUACUGUUCACUCAAGUCUAAUUUUGAUGUUUGGCUUUACACAUGCAUCCUUGUUAACUGAUAAUAACUGAUAACUAUAUUUUAACAUGAAAAAUCUCUCUUGAAAUAAAUUUUACUGUUGAUUUCAUCUGUGACUCAUAAUUUUAAUAAUUGUGUAUUAUUUUCCAAUUUCAAAUGAAUGAAAUUUUGAAUCAAUAAAAUGAAACUGGCUCAUUUUAUUGAAUUUUAAAAUAAUUUUUUAUAUAAUAAUUAAGUUUUGAGCAGAAAGGAAUAUUCUUGUCUAUACAAGUUUUGUUCUUGUUUAUCACUUUUCCCGAAACUUUUAACAGUUUUAUCUGUGUUAUGUACUAGUUUGCACUCACACAAAGUAGAAAUGCUUUGAUCCAUUCAGAAAUGUCAUAGCAGGUUCCAGUAUAGUUUUCAUAAGAAUCAGUUUAAUGUACUCUAAGUUUCAUGACAAUACAGUGUUUAAAAUUAUGUAUUGUUCAGUUUUAAAAUUAAUAUAUAAUUUCUCUUGGAUAUCUUACAUUAUUUUUAUUAUGUAGAAAAAUUUUAAUUAUAAUAUUUGAAAGAGAUUCUUCUCGUAAAUUUAAAAUGGUUGGGGAAUGAUUAAAUUGUAAACACAUAAUGAGAAAAAACCUCAUUAUAUGUUGUUAUUAUUUUACUAUAAAUACAAAAUUUGUCAGUAAAAUAAAAAAUAAAUGUGAGAGAGUGGACAUAUUAAUAAUGGAAAAAAGAACAUGAAACACAAAUUAUAACAAAUUUAUUUUGUGAAUGUUUACCAGUCUCUAAAUAACUAGUUAAAUUGUAGCUGAAUGAAUAAAAUUUCCACCAAGCACGUUUCUUUGUAGCAUUAAAUUAACAUAACACAAUACGGUCGCAGUCAAUAUCUUGUGACAAAAUCACGAUGUCUCUGUACACUGUACACAUUUUGGGGCCAACAUAUUGCAAAAAGGAAGUACAUAAAUUUUGCCAUAAAAUAAAUAAACUCACAACAAAGGAUUGAAUAUGGCUUAUAGUUAAUUAAUUUCUAUUUUAAUUUCAGGGUAUGCAAUUAGUUACUUACAUAAUUUGUGACUAAUUCAUGCAAUUAAUAUCUUCACAGUGCAAAACUUGCUGUCAUUAAUUCUUGAAUAGUGUGCUGAUGGUUAUUGUUAGUGCUCAUUUUAUGAGUUCUGCAUGGUAAAAAUACAUUUGGAACAGCGAAGUGCAUUUAGUGAUGAUCUAACUGUACAUAUUAAACUAUGUAAACUAUAAAUUUGGUGGUAUUUUCCAUUAUCUUGCACUGUCCACAGCUGUGUGUUUUAGACUAGGCCAUGAAAUGCUGUGCUACACAAGAGACCCUUUAAAAAAUUGUUUUAAUAACUAUAACGUUAGGAAAUGUUGUCCACGUUAUAACUCUCAUAUAAAUUUCAGAAAUGUUGAGGUAUUUAGUGGUAAUAGUUGUGUGUUCAUAAAGUGUAACAAUUUUUUUUUUUUUACUUCUAUUUAAAACAUUUUAUUCCAUACGAAUGCAGAAGCUAGUUAUUUGAAAUAUUUUAUUUUCUCUGAUGUAUUCAUUAAUUUUUUUUACUAGAAAAAAUAUAUGUUUUAAGAUAUAUAGAUAUUCUGGUUUAAUAACUGUAGAUGCUAAUGCUAUCUGCAACUCUGGUACAAAUCUUGAAAUAUUCUUUAAUGUUAUGAAGUUAAUUCAUAAUAAACACUUUUGAAUAGAAAUAUUUAUAGCUAUGCAUGUACAGAAGUGAUGCCAGUUCUAUACGCAGUAAAACCACUUUCAAAAGUAUUUUCCAGAGCUUCGAGAUGUAUUUUAUUAAUUGAUCUCAUUAGAUAACCAUACUGUAGAUUUUUUCAUUCUUGAGUUGGGUGUGUUAUCUACCAUGAUAAGCGACCAUGACUAUAAAGUGGUAAUAAAUGGAAACUAAAAAAAGUGAAUUGGAUUUCAUGGCAAAGGUUAACAAUACAAACACAGUAUUGUUUUAUUUAUUUCUAGCUAGUGAAAGUUGAUUUGUUAAACAGAAAUUUGUCAUGAGUGCAAUAAAAAUGUCUUCUUGUA